CCCAUUGCACGCAAUAUCCGCUUACUGGUCUACAAGUCACAGGGCCUUACAAUUGACAAGGCAGUGCUGAGCUUCUCCAAGAAGGACCUUUGCUCCAGCCUGUCUUUUGUCGUCGCCUCUCGCGUAAAGAUACUACAAGGCCUCAAUUCCGAUCGGCCAUUUGACUCUGAUCACAUUCGGAAGUCAGAAUCUGCCAUUGCUGCGCUACGUGACGCAGAC